AUGGCGCCCAGGUCCAAGUCGGCACACAAGAAAGACGCCAAAGUCCUGGUGGUUUCCACAUCCUCUGCGCGAAGCCACAAGAAGCUUCCAUCCAUUGCAUUUGGCCCGGACGACCAAUGGUUUGACGAGGUCGCGGAAAGCCCUCCCAUGGUCAUUACGGCCAGAGUGGGAACCGGCCUCAUCAAGCGGAUCCUUGUUGAUACAGGGGCAGAUUCGAACAUCAUGUUCCGCAAUGUGUUCGACACCUUGGGUCUAAAGGACGCUGACUUAAAGACUCACCAGCAUGGUGUUGUAGGGCUCGGCGACCACUUCAUCAAGCCGGAUGGGAUAAUCUCCCUGCCGACCUCCGUGGGACAAGGCCAAGGGAGAAGAACGGUAAUGGCAGAGUUCGUGAUCCUACGAGACUCCACGGCCUACAACAUCAUCCUAGGGAGGAAGACCAUCAACGACCUAUGGGUGGUCAUCAGCAUGAGGAUGCUGAUAAUGAAAUUCAUAACUGAAGAAGGAUCAGUAGGGUCUAUAAGGGGAGACCUGAAAACGUCAGUCGCUUGCGACAACGCCAGUCUCUCGUUAAGAAAGAAAUCCAAAGAAGUAUCAGGAGUAUUCCUCGCUGACUUGGAUGCCAGAGUCAGCGACAAGCCGAGACCCGAACCAGAAGGGAGCCUAGAAAAGUUUCGAGUCGGCGACACAGAGGAAAAGUUCACCUUCGUGAACAGAAACCUCCCUCACGAGCUAAAAGAACCUUUAAUCGAACUAAUUAGGACCAAUGGCGACCUAUUUGCCUGGACACCGGCCGACAUGCCGGGAAUAGACCCCCAACUCAUGUCGCACCAUUUGGCCGUCAAGCCAGAAGCCAGACCGGUGGCCCAAAGGAGGAGGAAGAUGUCACAAGAAAGAGCAGAAGAGGUGGCCAAGCAGACGGCCAACCUCCUCGAAGCAAGAUUCAUCUGUGAUCUUGACUACUCGACCUGGCUGUCGAACAUAGUCUUAAUACCGAUGCACCGGCCAGACGAAGAAAAAACGGCAUUCAUAACGCCAGGGGGAAUCUACUGCUACAAGGCAAUGCCUUUCGUCCUGAAGUACGCAGGGCCCACAUACCAAAGGUUGAUGAACAAGAUAUUCGGCGACAUCAUUGGCAAAAUGGUGGAAGUCUACGUGGACGACAUCCUGGCCAAGACCACCCGACCCGAAGACCUUCUGAGUGACUUGGAGAGCGUAUUCGCAGCUCUCCGACAACACGGCAUGAGGCUCAACCCUCUCAAGUGUGCCUUUGCCAUGGAGGCCGGGAAGUUCCUAGGAUUCAUAAUAACCCAAAGGAGGGUGGAAGCCAAUCCUGAAAAAUGCCAAGCAAUACUCUAA